AGUCUGCGUCGAGCCAGAGGUAUCGAUCAUCGGAAUGAACCUGUCGUGAAUGCGGGAAGACCCCAGGGAUCACGCAGACUCGCUCACCGUCCCAGGAGGCUCUUGGAGGGACUCCAUAGGUUUCAGAGUUCCGAACGCUCACUUCAGCCGCUGGCGCUGAGCGACAAUGACGCUAUCCGCUCAUGAGUUGGUGGAUAGGCUACAGAAUACGUCUGGUUUCAAGAUAUUAUAUACCUAUAUUAGCAUGGCUUUGUCAAAAGUGCUAAUGGAGAAACUAUUCACCUACGACUCCCUCGUUCAUGCCGUUUCGGGUGCCGUGGGAGCUUCCGUGGCCAUGAGUGUUCUAUAUCCUCUCGACACGAUACGGAGUCGUCUCCAGAUCGAGGAAGGCGAUGUGUCGAAAUCUACCGCAGAUAUGUUCCAACAAAUCAUGGAUGAAGAAGGUGUUCAAGGUCUCUAUCGCGGUCUGACACCUGUACUGCAAUCUUUGAUUUGCUCGAACUUCGUAUACUUCUACUCGUUCCACGGUUUACGUGCCGUGUUCAACAUGAAUAAUUCCGCAGGACGCGAUUUAGCCUUGGCGGCGGUCGCGGGAACGAUCAACGUUCUUGCGACGACCCCGAUGUGGGUUGUCAACACGAGAAUGAAAGUGAAUGGAGCGAGACAUGGUCCGAGGAAUCUUCGAUGUGACUACAGGAGCAUAUGGGAAGGUCUCGUCGAUAUAGCCAGAAAUGAGGGCCUAUCGGCUUUGUGGUCGUCUACGCUGCCCUCCCUCAUCCUAGUCUCGAAUCCGUCGAUACAAUUUAUGGUAUACGAAGCGCUGAAGAGACGCUGCGUGUACCUCAGAAUACCUCUCUCUUCUGGAACAGUUUUCACCAUUGGAGCCGUGUCAAAAUGCGUAGCAACCGUGCUGACGUAUCCCAUCCAGCUGGCCCAAUCGAAAAUGCGGUACAGCAACGACAAUCGGACGAUGAUAAGCGUUCUGAUCUAUGUCGCUCGGAACUUCGGAGUCGCGGGACUUUUUAAGGGUUUAGAAUCGAAACUUCUGCAGACAGUUUCUACGACAGCUCUGAUGUUCAUGGUUUACGAGAAAAUCGCGGAAAUUGUCUUCGCCCUGCUCAAGGCAGAGGGCGAGCUGCAGAGAGCCAAGAAGUAGGGAACGUCCAUCGAUGGAUGAGGAAACGUCCGUGCUAAAAAUCAAACGAAUCGAGCAAUCGAUCAGGAUUCCGUGGACUGCGAGCAAAAUUGUUCAAAAUGAAAAAUCCUGUACAUUAUAUAAAUUCACCCAUGAAGCCCCGUCUCGCCACGAGGAGCGCGGCUUCUCGUGAUACGAUCAGAGGAGCUUUUUCCCUGAUUUUGACUCUGAAGACAUGACGAGAUACAAUAAAACAAGCUGUUAUCUA